AUGGCGUCGCCUUCGACCGCACAAAUCAACUUCUCACCCGGCGUCGACGAGACCGCCCUGACGAAGGCCCUGCAACCGCUGCUGGCAUCAGCCGGCGAGGGCGGGCGCUGGGCCGUCGUCCCCGGGGGCGAGGGUCUGGAGAGGAGUUUCAAGUUCAAGACGUUCGCAAAGACGUGGGUCUACAACACGACCUAUAUCCGGUGGACGACGCACAGUCCCAAGGGCCUCUCGGCCAAGGACGUCGAGCUGGCGGCGGCCUGCGACGGUCUGGCCAGGGACUUUGGGGAGAUUGUCGAGGAUGAAGAGGAUGGCGGGGCCACUCGUGAGUUGAAGCAGGUCGCUGACCGGGUCGUGGCCAAUGCUGGGGACUGCUGUGCGCCGAAGAAGUAG